CAGCGUAGUAGUCAAUAUUACGCUGAUGCAGCAAAAAUUGCCAGUGAAUGUUCUAGUAAACACAGAGCAUCAAGCAGCAUGGACUGUCCAGGCAUCAACAUAACCACACGCUCUGACUGGGGCGCACCGGCUCUAAACGCCAGUAUUCCGUAUCUGCUCCAUCCGGUACGGUCCAUGGUAUACACCGACACCAAGGGAGAAGCUUGUACGGAAUUCGACAUGUGUCGGGCGGUGGUUACCGCCAUCCGGGACUUCCACACGGAUACUACGACGUGGACGGCACAAACCUCAGCUAACUUUGUACCCGAAAUCUUCUACAACUUCCUCAUCGGAAUGGACGGCAGUGUUUUCGAAGGACGCGGCUGGGAUCGGCGAGCCGAUUACCAUCGAGAUUACAACGACCAGAGCAUCGUUACCGCCUUCAUUGAAAAUAUUCCCACAACCGGCGAUGGCUACAGAGCGCUAACGUACGCGGCCGCUAAGGCCGCCAAUAAUUUGCUAAAGUGUGCACAGCGGAAAGGUUACCUGAAUCCGGGAAAUGACUCGGUUAUUGUCAACAUUCACCAGCAGGCCAAGAGCUACAUCCUUUAUCCGGAAACUAUGCAGUGUAAUCCCAUAACCUGGCAUUUUAUGUACUGCAUAACCACAGAAACUGAAUAA